AUGUUGACAAUAUUAUCAUAAUACAUAAGUGUUUACCUUUUCAGAUCCUUCUCAUUUAAGCCUUUUUCUAUUUUAUAGAGUAAGUAUUCAAUCAAUUAAGUACUUUAUAUCUUAUUAAAAGCAAUUAUGUUUGCAGUAUAUUUACUUGAAACAAAUAGUUUUAACAUCUAUAUAUUUUUUAUUCUCAUUAAUUGUUUGAUCUUAUUAUAAAUGAUUGAUAAUUUUAUCUUAAAUUCCUACUAUCCUCCAAAUAAUGAAUUUAAUUUUAAAUUAUACUUAACACUUUUUUCUAUAUCUUUACUAAUCACCCUAAACAUUCUUUCAGAAAACUCUAUAAUGAAAUAAAGUAUGAUAUUAGAAAGUGUGAUGUUGAUCGGAUCUUUUUCAUUCUAUUUUUCUGAAAUUCUUUUUGAGAGAAAAAUAUUUCAUUAAUCUCACUAAAGACUUUUAUCAUCAAGCAAAGCUAUAGAUUUAGUCUAAAGAAUUUAUGAAUUAUCAUAAGAUUUAAAAAAAACAGUAAGAUAGAAAAAAUUAUUUUAUUAUUAUACUUAUAUUGUAUAUCACUUAUAAAAUAAUAGACAUAUAAACCAUUAGGAUUUUUAAGAUUUUUCAUCAAGAAAAUUUAUUAUUCAAUUUUUAUAAAGUCAACUAAAAUUAGCAAAAUAAAAUGCAAAAGUUUCUUUUGAAGAUAUAUAACUAAUAUAUACUAAUUUUUUGUCUCAUUAUUGCAAAAAACCAUUACUAAGUUUAGUUGAAUUUAGAAAAUAUGAUGUUUUUAAUUAACAACAAUAAUCUUACUUCUUUAAAUUUAUGAAGAAGUAAAUCAACAAUAAUUUACAAUAGACUGUUUAAAAACAACAGUUAUCCAAUAUUUAUUAGACUUAAAAUAGAGAAUAAGAAAAAUAAUCUUUGGAUAUAGUACAUAUAAGUAAAUCAAUAAUUUUUGAAGAACUUUACAUUCCAAAUAUAAUAAAGUUAAUGGAUGCUAAAAUUUAUUUUUGGGAACAAUUAAUAAAAGGUUACAAAACAAUAUAUGAAUUUUAAGAUGAGUCAAUUAAUUUGAGCUAAAAAGUACAAACUCUUUAAACAUUGUUAUUAUCAAAUUUAUCUUUCGACAUAGAAAAUAUUGGACAUAUUGGAACAAAUUGCAAUGUUCUUGAAUUAAAAAUUGCUUCAAUUUUUUAUAGUUCGAUAAUGAAUGACUAUUACAAUUCAGCUUAAUGCGAAUUUCUAAUAUAAGAAAUCUUCAAUAUUGAACACACAUUAUCUUCUGAUGUUAUCACAAACUUUACAUUGGUUGAAGAUAAAGUAGCUUUAAUAAUGAUAAGUUUAGUUCGAAAUUUAGGUUAAAUAAUUAAUUAAGAUAAGAGAGGAUUGUCUCAAUACUUUGGUUAUGAUGAUAAAGAAUUCUAAUAAAUAUAAUAUAUUAAUUAGUUAAUGCCUCCAUUUUUAUCGAUGAUACAUGAUAAUUUAUUAGAAGAUUAUUUAUAAUAAGCAAAGUCUAAACUAUUUUAAUCUUAUAAUAUUGUUUUUAGUUCAGAUAGAUAAGGUUAUUUGGUAGCAUAAUAAUUAAAGAUUGACAAUAAUUUUCUAAUUUAAGAUGAUUAUGUAAUAAUGGGAUGUAUGUCUCAAGUGAAAAGAGGAGUAGAUUUUUUAAUUUUUGGAGAUGAUGGUAAAAUUUGGGGUAGUACUUAAAAUUUCUUUUAAGCCUACUUUUAAAAUUAAAAUGAAAAAUUUACAUUAUAAAGAUUGACUAGUUAAUGCUAUAUAUAUAUGUUUUUCCCAUCAUUAAUUAAGAUCAUUGAUUCAUACAAAAACUAACUGGUUUCAUAAGAUUAUGAAGGAUUAUUUAUUGAAGAUUCUUGUAUUUUUUAGGUUAGAGAGAAUCUAAUAGAAUUGAUUUAGAAUUUUUAAUCAUAAAAUAUAAAUAUGCCAAAUAGUAGUAGUCAUUUUUAAAAAUCUUAUCUGCCCAAAAGGGUGUAGAUGUCAGAAGGAUCUUUGUCAAGGAAAAUUGGUACAAUUUCAAUAUAAUAAAAUGAUUUAUAAGAACAUUAAUAAGAUUAAAUAGCUUAAAUUGAUUUAAAUAGAAAACAAUCUGAAGAAUCUCUAAAGCCAAUUUAAUAUAAUGGAAUCCCAUUAUUAAACAAAUAAUAUUAAAAUGAAAUUUUAUAAUAUUUAGAAAGCAUUGAAGUAUUACAUAUAUGAAAUAUUAUAGGGAAAACCAGCAGAAAAAUAUUUAAUAAAAUUUUAAUUAAAUCUUAAAAGCAUUGGUAGGGAAAAUUACCACAGAUCCUUUUUUAUAUUUGAGAUUGUUGAUAUAAGGAAGAAAGAUCUUAUAGGGAAAUCAUUGUCUGAAACAUAAAUUUAUUAAACAAAUGAUAGUAAAUAUUCUCUUCAAAAUAAUAAUCAUAGUAAUAGCAUAAUAAAUCUUAGAUACAACAUAAGGAGAAGAGUAAACAUUAAAUGUCUCUGGAUUUAUUUAAUCAGAAUAACCAUAUUCUGAAAUAGUACCUGUAAAUAAAGAUAUUGGUUGUGGAGUGACAGAUCUUUUAGAAAGAUUAGGACCAUCAAAAAAAAAUAGAUAGGAUUAAGAUGUUGGUUUAUUUAAUUUAGAUUCUGCCAGAGAUAGUAUGAGUUAUGGUCCUUUAUCGUAAAGAGCUUAAUUCAUCAAUCCAAACUAAAAGGAAGGAGAAUUAGAAGAAAUUGUUAAAUUAGAUUAGGAUUUUAAUUAUCUUGGAAUUUAACUUAAUAGUGCUAGUGCUAUUAUGUAAAAAGGAAAAAACUUAUAAUUAGAUCCUGAAGAAGAAUUUGAUAUUGAUGAUUCACUUAAAUAAUAAAAAUAAUAACAUAUUGGUAAAUCUAGUAGUGAUCAUGAAAAAGAAAAAAAAAAUGAUAUUUUAGAAAUCAUGAAAAAAAAUAAAAUGAAGGGAAAAAAUCAUGAAGAAGAAGAUUUAGAAGCAUUAAAAUCUAAAUCUAGUAUGACUUCAGCUACUUCUGGUAAUUCAGCAAUAUAAAUAAUAAAAAAGUUUUAAAGUACUACUCAUUUAACUAAAGGACUUAAAUUUAUAACACUUAGUAGUUUAAGUGUUUUUAUCAUUAUUAUUAUAUUGAUUACUGUUCAUUUAGUAAUUAUUACAAUUAGUAAUUAAGAUACUUCUUUAACUAUAAAUGAUAUAAAUGGACCUUUUAUAUUAAACAGAAGUUAUUUGGAAGUUAUUUCAUUUACAUGGAGUCUUAUUGUGGGAACUUUAGAUAUUGUUGACAUGAGUUAAUUUAUGAAAGAAUAAACAUAUAGUGAUUUAUAUAACACAACUAGUGAAAUAUAUGAUGAAAUUAAUAAUAUGUAUUUAGGGUUUAUUGAAAUAGAAUAAAGAGGAAUGUUAUCAACCUAAACUUUUACUUUUCUAAAAGGAAACACAGAAAAAGUUAAAUUUCCAUAUUUUAUUAAUUUAAUUGAAGGAACCCUGGAUAGAGUUGUAAAUAUAGUAAAAACCGAAAUAAAGGAUUUCUCUACAGUAUUAACUAAAGAUUAUUUCGAUUAAUUAUUUUUAUUGAGAUAUAAUUUGAACUAAUUAUAUUUGAUGUCGUCAGAGUUAAUUGAAUCUUUGAAUAUUGUAUUUUUAGCACAAACUAAUCUUAGGGUUGAUGAAAUGUAGACUUAAGUAAUAGUUGAAGUAAUUUGUAUUGCUGUCAUUUUGAUAAUUGAACUUUAUUUUUGGAAACAAAUUUAAAAUUAUAGUCAACAACUAAUGCUUUUAACAGGAAGAUUAUAAGAAAGUGAUGCAAAUGAAUUGAUUGCACGGGCUUCAUUAAUUAAAGAAACAUUAACUUAAUAAAGUGGAAAAUAUAGUUGGAAAAAACAAAAUUAUUAUUCAUUAAAUUAUUCAUCUCUAAAUACAUUAAAUUUUGAAUUAUUGAACUAAUAGUCUCGAAUUAUCAAAGACUUAGCUUUAAAAAAUCAUUUUGAUAUAAAUAAAAAUAAAAUUCACUAGUAGGAAAACAAUAAUGUUAAUAGAAAAUAAUAAUAAACAAAAAGAAAUAUUAAUGUUGUUUUAAGUUCAAGAAUUUAUAACACUUAAAUAAAUUUAUUAUCUUAUCUAAUUAUGUUAGUCAUAAUUUUUAUGAUAAUAUCUGUGAUGUUAUUUGGAGGAUUUUUGUUAUUUUCUUAAUAAAUUUCUGAUUUAGGUCCUUCCUAAGAAUUAACUGGAAAUUAUAUUAAAUUUACAUAAAAGUUAGAUACUUUAAUGGCAUGUGCUUUAAUACUUAAGACCCAGUAAUUAGUUUAUCAUACCUUAAUUGAACAAUAAAUUUAUGAUAAAGCAACAAUAGAUUCAUUUAUAUAAACAAAUGAUAUUGCUGAAUUAUUCAGUGAUUUAAGUAAAAUUUAUUCAGAAAAUUUAACCUCAAUAUAUGAAAGUAUUUUAAAGUCAAAUAAAAUUAAGAUAGAAGAUAAAUAGUAAUUAUUUACCCUCUAUUAAGAAGACUUUUGUUUAGAAUUGAGUGAUGAAAUACCAAUGUGUAAUUUUGAAGAAUUUGGAUUAGAAAAAUUUACAUAAACUUUUGGUAGACCUGACUUACCAUAAGAUGAUAAUUAAGAAUAUGUUAAUAAAGGUAUUGUUGGAGUAAUAAGCAGAUUAGAUACAUUAUUUAAUUAAUUUUUUGAUUAUGAAAUAGAGUUUAAAUAAUUUUAACCUGAUCUUGAUUUAUGUUUAAAAUAAAUAAGCAUGAAAGAGUUUAGAAAUGCUGUUUUGGCUCAUUUUUUAGAUACUAAUGAUGGAACCAAUACAUUUUUGGAUAUCAUAUACUCAAGUAUUUAUGGAAUAUUGGAUGAAAAUUUGAAUUACAUAUAUUUAUAUUACGGAAUUGUUGGAGUAUUUGUUGGAAUAUCUUAUGCUAUAUUCUACAUGGUGAUUAUCAUUAAAACUAAUAAUAAAUUAAUUAGAACAAGAUUAGCAUUAAUUACUUUACCAAUUUCAAUUUUAACAGAGUAACAUACAAUAUCAAUGUUAAAAAGGUUAAAUUGA